AUGAAUCAAGGCGCGCGGGCCCGCUAUCUGAAGACGGCCUGUCUACUCUUCUUCGUCCUUGCCGUCAUCUACUAUAUUUCGGGCACGGGAUCUGCCACGCCCAAUGGUGUAGGACUCGGGGCAGGAAACGUUGCAUCGGACUCGACUGUCGCGACGAGCAAAUGCACGCGCAGCUACUCAAAGGAUAAACCUCUCAUUCAAUAUGCCCUGAUGAUUGAUGCCGGUUCCACCGGCAGCCGGAUUCACGUGUACAGGUUCAACAAUUGUGGAGCCACGCCCGAAUUGGAGAAUGAGGUGUUCAAGAUGACGGAGAAGAAGAAGGGCGGAAGUGGGUUGUCUUCGUAUGGAGCUGAUGCCGAAGGUGCGGCGAAGAGUUUGGAUGUGCUGAUGGACGCUGCGAUGGAGAGUGUACCGGAUAAGUUGAAGGGCUGCACACCGGUUGCUGUGAAAGCUACGGCGGGUUUGAGGAAACUGGGCCCCGAGAUGAGUGAUGCCAUUUUGAAGGCGGUGAGGAAGAGAUUGGAGACGGUCUAUCCCUUCCCCGUCGUGAGUGAAGACAAAGGAGGUGUGGAGGUCAUGGAUGGCAAGGACGAGGGCGUGUAUGCGUGGAUUACGACGAACUACCUGUUGGGCAAAAUCGGGGGUCCGGAUAAGACUCCUACUGCUGCCGUGUUUGAUCUCGGUGGCGGCUCUACGCAGAUUGUCUUCCAGCCUACCUUUAAGCAAGCGGCGGAUGGCGGUAUGCCGGAGACCUUGAAGGAGGGCGAUCACAAGUAUGAUUUGCAGUUUGGCGGACGCGACUUCACCCUCUACCAACACUCCUACCUCGGAUACGGACUGAUGGAGGCCCGCAACAACCUACACCGCGCCUUCGUCGAGGGCUGGUACGAGAACCACAGCCAAGAAGCAUCAUCAAGCCUCGCGGCAGCCAAGGAACAACUCACCCUCAAGCCUCUCGCAAACCCUUGUGUGAACGUGGGCAUGUCCAAGCAAGUCGAAGUUCCCCUCUCCGAAGGCCACCCUCUUGGCCCCUCCAUCACAGUCAACAUGACUGGCCCCCGAGUCGGCAGCCCAGCGCAAUGUCGCUCACUGGCGGAGAAGACGCUCAAAAAGGACGAAUCUUGCUCCCUGGCCCCUUGCGCCUUCAACGGAGUACAUCAACCCUCGCUCGAAAAGACCUUUGCUCGCGAAGACGUGUACUUGUUCUCCUACUUCUAUGACCGUACACAACCACUUGGAAUGCCAGAAUCGUUCACUCUUCGCGAAUUGAAAGAACUUACUGCGAGAGUGUGUAGCGGUGGGGAUGCUUGGAAGGUGUUUGAGGCGAUACCCGGUGCUUUGGAAGAGCUGGCAGAUAAACCGGAUAUGUGCUUGGACUUGAAUUUCAUGUUGGCGUUGUUGCAUACGGGCUAUGAGAUGCCCAUUGAUCGGGAGGUGAAGAUUGCAAAGAAGAUCAAGGGCAACGAGCUGGGAUGGUGUUUGGGUGCGAGUCUGCCGUUGUUGAGCCAGGAGAGUGGGUGGACUUGUAAGGUUAGUAUGGUGCAAUAG